ACUCAUCUGUGCAUUUAACAUUGCGUAGAUUCUGUCUGUCCGAUUGUGAUAAAAAAAACGACGGCAAGUUUUUUCUACCAAAGCUUACAUUGGUUAAUGGUUUACAGUUUACACUUUACGACUUACGUGUCCGUUAUCGGUUAUCUUCAUUCAUUACCAUUCGCUAGUCAUCAGUGUAAAUUAUAUGAAAAAUUAUAAUUGAUGAAAAAAUUAAUAAUGUUUAAUAUGUUAAAACAACUAAGACUUGGACUUGUAAUAUUCGUUUUAAUAACUUAUUCUAUAGUCACAGUAUUCGGACAUUCUCAUUCUAAUGAACCCCCAGCAUUGAAAUAUAGUAAAGGUGCAAACUUAAAAACUGCAAAUCAAAAGACUGAUAAUUAUGAUUUAUAUGUGAAGGCACUCGGUUCAACAGUUUUCAUCAGUAUAGUACCAUUUUUAAUAUUGUUCUUCAUUCCAAUUGAUGGAACAGUAGAGAAGCAGCCAUUACUCAAGGUACUGUUAUCCUUUGCAUCUGGAGGACUCCUUGGUGACGCAUUCCUCCAUCUUAUACCUCAUGCCCUUAUUUCAAGCACAAGUAAUGGAGGACAUAGCCACAGCCAUUCACAUGGUGGAAGUCAUUCACAUGAUGAUGAACACGGACCUCACGAUAUUACUGUUGGACUUGGUGUUCUAGGUGGUAUAAUUACUUUCCUUGUUGUGGAAAAAACUAUGAGACUGUUUAGUGGAAGCCAUGGCCAUUCACAUGGAACAGAUAAGAAGAAAGAUGAUAAAAGCAAGAAAGCUUCUAAACCUAAAAAAGAUGAGAUUAAAAUUGCUGGCUAUCUCAACCUUGCUGCAGAUUUCAUACAUAACUUUACAGAUGGAUUAGCUAUUGGUGCUUCAUUUAUAGCUGGAGAGAGUAUAGGCUUCAUUACUACUGUGACUAUUUUGUUACAUGAAAUACCUCAUGAAAUUGGUGACUUUGCUAUCCUUGUGCAAUCUGGAUGCACUCGUAGAAAGGCAAUGUUUUUGCAAUUACUUACUGCAUUUGGUGCCUUAUCAGGAACUUUUCUUUCAAUAUAUCUUCAAGGAUUAAGUGAAGGGCUUGUGUCAUCUCUAGUACUUCCCUUUACAGCUGGUGGAUUUAUCUACAUAGCAACAGUAUCAGUUAUACCCGAAUUAUUAGAAGGAUCAAAUAAACUAUCACAAUCAAUCAAGGAAAUCUUAGCAUUACUGGCUGGUGUAUACAUGAUGGUCAUUAUUGCACAAUAUGAAUAAAUUUAUUAAUCCUAAAAUACUAGUAUUAUUCUUUGAUGUGGGUUUUCUCAUUUACACGAAAAAUAUUUCUUUCAUAUUUUUUUUUAAACAAGACAUAAUCAGCUCAAUAAAUUAAUGAAAUAAU